CCUUCAAGAUAGAAAUAAUAAAAAAAAAACGAAAAGCCAAUGAACCAAAAGUAACGUAGCAAGUUCUUGGCCUGCGGUAAGAAAUUACAAUAGUCGAGAAUGCGGGAUUGCCAAUCGCUUAAAUUGUACCAACGACGUGGAUGUCCACUUCACCGUCCAUAUAUCAACGAAACAUCAAGGUUGGAGACAUCCGAGCCUCUCCACUUCCCAUCUGCGUUGUUCUGGAGACCCAUUGUACUGAGGGGUAUGUUUUUUAAAAAGUCCGUGGUCAUUUUAUUUUAUUUCGCGGGCCCUUCUAUGCAAACAACUGAACAAGGAGACAAAUGCCGUAAAAAAAGCUUCAACUCCAGCAGCACGCGCUCGCCUCCCGAUGCCCACCACCAAAAACCCAGAUCAUUUGAAAACCAUCCCCCGCAUUUACCAAAAUACCCUCCAUCCCAUCCUCUUUGAUCCAUUUAUGUCCGUCUGAUGGAACCAGAAGUAUGUUCACUCCAUCUCCACAUACGUCCAUUUUCGUCAUUUCGAACAAUUAAAAAAAAACCGUUCUCCAUCUUCGCCCAAAACCCGCCAUCUCUCAUACUCCCUCGUUGUCUCGCAGCCUUCGUCUCUCGCUGCAACGUCGAUGGCGGCGUUGUAAAUAAGAAGGGAAGAAGGCGGAUCAAGUGAAGCCAAAUGGUCGGGUGCUCCGCCUUUAUCUUUCUCUUUCUAUUCUUCGCCUUGCCGGCGGCGUCGCUGACCACUGACGGCCUCGCCCUUCUCGCCCUCAAGUCGGCCAUCUCCUCCGACCCGACCGGCGCCCUCGACGCCUGGCUCGACUCCGACCGGGACCCCUGCGGCUGGUUCGGCGUCACCUGCCGUCGCGGUCGCAUCACCGCCAUCGCCCUCUCCAACCGCUCCCUCGAGGGAUACCUCCCCUCCGAGCUCUCCCUCCUCUCCGCCCUCCAUACCCUAUCCCUCUCCUGCAACCGCCUCUCCGGGCCCAUCCCUGCCGCCAUCGCCUCCCUUCGAAGCCUCACCGCCCUUGACCUCUCCCACAACAACCUCUCCGGCCCCAUCCCUGCCGGGAUCGGCGCCUUGGGCUCCCUCUCCCAUCUCGAUCUCUCCUCCAACCUCCUCAACGGCUCCCUCCCUCCGGCCUUUGCCGUCCUCCCGCGGCUCUCCGGCGUGCUCAAUCUGUCCUCCAAUUCCUUCUCCGGCCCUAUUCCUCCGGAGUACGGAACCAUUCCGGUCGCCGUGAGUCUCGACCUCCGGUGGAACAACCUCUCCGGCGAAAUACCCCAGGUUGGAUCCCUUGUUAAUCAGGGCCCCACCGCCUUCGCCGGAAACCCCGGCCUCUGCGGUUUCCCGCUCAAGAACCCGUGCCCUGGCGGCCCCAACAAGCAAGAUCCCGAAAGCCCCCAGGCGAACCCCAAUUUCAAAUCUAGCUCCCCCGUCCCCCGCCCGACCGAGGCGGAGAAGCGGCGGCGGCCGGCGGUGACGGUUCCCAUCCUCGCCGGCAUCGUGCUGGCCGCCGUCUUCUCGAUCAUGGUGCUCCAGUGGCAGUUCCGCCGGAGGCGCGCGGCGGGAGAGGGCAAGGCGUCGAAGAAGGGUAAGGGCGGGUCCGCCGAGGCGGCAAAGGAGCGGCGGAAGGGGCAGACUGGGGAGAUCUACGUGGCGGUGGACGAGGGGUUCGGGCUCGAGCUGGAGGAACUCCUCCGGGCCUCCGCCUACGUUGUGGGGAAGAGCCGGAGCGGGAUCGUGUACAAGGUGGUGAUAGGCCGGGGUUCCGCGGUGGCAGUGCACCGCCUCAGCGAGGCCGAGGACGGCGAGGGCAAGGGUGACGAGUGGCGGCGGCGGAGGGCGUUCGAGUCGGAGGUGGCGACCAUCGGCCGGGCCAGGCACCCCAACGUCGUGGGCCUCCGUGCCUACUACUACGCCCCGGACGAGAAGCUCCUCAUCUACGACUACAUCCCCAACGGCACUCUCCACGCCGCCCUGCACGGUGGACCCCUGAAUCCGACGGCACCGCCGCUUCCGUGGGCAACCAGGCUCGCGAUAGUGCAAGGGGUGGCCCGGGGAUUAGCUUACCUCCACGAGUGCAGUCCCAGGAAGUACGUUCAUGGGAACAUCAGGUCCUCCAAGAUCCUCAUCGACGACGAGCUCCAGCCGUACAUCUCCGGCUUCGGUAUCGCCCGCCUCAUCUCGGGGCAGUUGGGGUCAAAGAAGCCCGUGGCCGCGGCAGGGCGGGGGACGUACCUGGCGCCCGAGGCGCGGGCCGCGGGGGCAGCGUUGACCCAGAAGGGCGACGUAUACGCGUUCGGUGUGGUGGUGAUGGAGGUGGUGACGGGACGGGCGGCGGCGGGAGGCGGCGGAGAGGCGGAGUUGGAGGGUUGGGUGAGGCGGGCGUUCAUGGAGGAGCGGCCGCUGUCUGAGGUAGUGGAUCCGGCGCUGCUCCACGAGGCGCACGCCAAGAAGCAGGUGCUGGCGGUGUUCCACGUGGCGCUCGGGUGCACCGAGGCCGACCCGGAGCUAAGGCCCAGGAUGAGGGCGGUGGCGGAGAACCUCGACCGGCUCGGCUCGGCGCACUGAGGGACCGGUGGGUCCGUCGUAGUUGAUGGAGGUGAUUUAGAAAUUAGAAGGGGAUGGUUUUUGAUUGAUUUUGUACUGUAGAACUGUAGAAGUGUAGGUAUUCGCAAGGAUUUUGUAGCUCUGAAGGUAGAGUAGAUCCGGCAAGCUAUUAAAGGACUGCUGGUGAGGUAGUAUAGCAGGGGAUGAUGCAUUCUUCUCUUAACUCUUCUAAUAUUGUUGUUGCUAUGAGAAAA